AUGGCAAAGUGUGGAACCUGUGGGCGCUUCCUGAAUUCGGCAGACGCUGUAGGUUGUUGUAACUGUAAGGUUAUACACCACCGAGGUUGCGUUGCGAUCUCUGAAGGAACUCGCGUGCCUAGCAAUUGGGUGUGCUCGAAUUGCAAGAUAAAACCACCGCGUCAGGGCAACAUUUCGUCGGUCCCUGUAACACCUGCACAAUCGAGGGUUCUCGUUAGUACCAGGGAUACUGCCGAUACCAUAGCCUGUGGCAGUGAUAAUGAAGUCACGCCCACCAACAAGUCGGCGGAGCUGAGUGAACUUGUAGCUGAAAUGCGCUUUCUCCGGAAUGAAAUAACAGCUAUGAGGAGUGAGCUUAAGGACUACAGAACGGAGAUUGCAGGUUUUCGUAGCUCUCUGGAAAACCUUAACGUACGGGUUGACAGCACCGACGAGCGGGUCACCUUGCUUGAAAAGAAGUUGGUUGAGACCUCAACUUCAAACCACUCAUAUGAGUCCAUUAUUCAGGACCUUAGGUCACAAAUAAAUGAACGUGACCAAGACAUGUUGCAUGAUGAUGUUGUGCUGUCUGGUCCUGUUUGCGGUGGACAAUGUUGCGGUCGAAGAAGGGAGUCGCAGCUCAGAGACGUUCUCAAGAAAAUGAUGGAGGAUCGGGCAGUAUCGGCAACGAGACCCAUAACGGAGUUACUCCUCGCUACGAGGCGAACGUUACAAGAUCACCUAACGGCGCUCUCUCAUCAAUCGCAAAACAAAACCUCUGUGCUGUUUUUGCAACUCUACCGAGUCCACGCAUCGCGCGCAAAAGCUCCUCUGUCGGCGCUCUAUGACGACAUACGAAUAUUGCUUCGAUCGGACUCUGAACAUGACGUCACUAGUGUAGACAUAAUCUCUUCGCCACCAAAGGAUUUGGCGGCAAGCACGAGGAAGUUCUUCCGCGACGUGUUCCCCGUGGCGUACCAGAAUGUGUUGAAGUUAGAUGCGAAGCAAUUUACACCUGAAUACGAAGCGUGUUUGCAAGACGCGUAUGACGCUGUAAAGCCGUUCGGUGAAGUACCACAACAGCUGGGAUCGUCGCUCUCGCGAUCUCUUGAAGCAGCUAGAGUUCUCCUGCAGGUGUUAGCUGUGGGAGCAAAUGCGUUAACCGCCAGUGAGCAAGUGCUGAUGAGUUCCAACGAGGAAUGCCAGAAUAUAUUGCUACGGGCAGGUGGAUGUCCUCACUGUCGAGGUCACGAAGUCAGACCCUGCCAAAAUUACUGUCUUAACAUCGCAAGGGGAUGCAUUGGAUCUCUGGUGGCAGAACUCGAUGCGCCAUGGACGGGUUACGUAGAGGGCGUAGAACGAAUGGCUCGGGCGGACGCGGAUGCUGCGUUGAGGGCGCUCGAUGCCAGGGUCUCGGAGGCCAUCAUGCAUGCACUUGAAAACCAUGCCAUGUUGGAAAAAAAGGUGCGACAAGAAUGCGGGUCUCCAACAACGAUAGAUAUUUCUGGUCUCACAGCACCGACUCCGACACCAGGUGCAGCCAGACGUGAUGCCUUACGAGCUCCCCCUCCCGAUACUGAGCUCCUACAGUUUGCUGCUACCCUGGCUGCUAGUAAGAAAAUCUUCUCAAGCUUAGCUGAUAAGCUAUGUGAUGAACCUGAAUUUGCAACUGAAGGAAAUUCGGAAUGUUGGAAUGGAGAAUCGGUUGGAGAGUACACAAAAUCGCUAGUGGCUUCAGCUUCGAUCAGCGAUCAAAAAUACAACCCCGAGCUUACUGCAGGCUCAAAACAGGACUUAAGGGUAGCCGCACUAGGAGACAAAUUACGUCAGGCUAGACAAUUGCUGGUCUCCCACUCAUGGGGCAGUUCUCCAGCGGCGGAAGCAUUCAUGCAAGGUGACGAAGCUGGCGACGAAGGGUCAGGCUCGGGCCGAAGCUAUACAGAUGAUGAUGCAGCUUAUGACGCAGAGGGCUCUGGUGAGGAAGGCUCUGGAGAACAGGAUGUCGGAAGCAGAACAUAUGUCCACGAAGACAAUUCGUACUCGUCGACGGAGAAGACGUCUACCGCGGCCACUAAGUCGCGACCUCUGCUCCCGUUCACGUUUGCUGCAGCCGUGUUCUUGCGUCUCGUCAGCUGCCUCACUUAA